AUGAAUAGUCAUUUUAAUUGUAAUAACAUUAAUAUAAAUUAUUCAUUCUUUAUAAAAAAUGAAAAUUCUUCAAAUAAUAAAAAUGAUAUUGUUGAAAAAUCAGAAGUUAAAUUAUUUGAAAGUGGCACUUAUAAUAAUCAAAGUAUUAAAAAUAAUUAUGUAAAUAAAAAUGAUAAAAAUGUAUAUUUUCAUAAUAUUUGUAACAUUUUAAGUAGUAGCAAUAAUAGUAAUAAUAGUAAUGGAAAUUCGUGCAAUGAGAUUUAUUAUAAUUUUAUUAAUAAUAAAAAAAAAGACAAUUUAAUUAACAGUGUAGCUGGUAAAAAUAAAAGUGAUUGUGAAAAUGUAAAUUUAGAAAAUUUUAUAAAUAAUAAAAAUAUUAAUUUAAAAGAAGAAAAAAAUUCAUUAGAUUUUACUAAACAUAAUUUUGAGAAAAAUGCAUAUAUUGAAGAUUUCUUAAAUUAUAAGGAAAAAAUUAGUAAUAGUUUAGAUUAUGAUAUUAAUAAUAAUGUUGAUAAUAAUAAUAAUAAUAUAAUAAAUAGUGAUAAUAUGGAGCAUAAUAAGAAAAAUAUUUAUAAUAGCAUCAUUAAAAAUAAUUAUAAUAUAAAUAAAAUAAAUGUAACUCAUGAAAAUUUGUCUAAUUAUAUAUAUGAUAUACAAUUUCAUAGAAAAAAUGCAAAAAAAUGCAUGGAAUAUGAUAGUAAAAAUGUAAAUCACAAAAAUAAUAAAACUAUUACAAGAUCAAAUUACAAUAAUAAUAAUUUAAAUAAUUCAGACAACAAUUCACCAUUUAACAAUGAUAUAAAUAAUGAAGAUGUCAAAUUAAACUCUUUGCGUUAUCAAAAAUAUUAUGAUACAAACAGAUUAAAUACUUAUUUAAAAGAUGUUGACUAUGAAUACCAUAAUAAAAAUGAAGAAGUAUUAUAUAACAAUUUGAAUUGUAAUGAAAAGAAAGGUGCUACAGUUUUAAAUCAUCUAAAUAAUACAAAAAAUUCAACUAUUAAAUCAAACAUUAAGCAAAAUGAUUUAUUUAACAAUAAUAUAAUCAAUAACAACAUAAUAAAUAAUAAUAUUAUUAAUAACAACAUUAUUAAUAAUAAUAUAAUAAAUAAUAACAUUAUCAGUAAUAAUAUAAUAAAUAAUAACAUUAUUAAUAAUAGUUUUAUUCAGAAUAUGAAUAAUGCUUUAAAUAAAAACAUGGUUAAUACAUUAAUAAACAAAUGUUUUUAUAAUGAUAACAAAAAUAAUAUAAAUAUGGAGAAUGGAAAAAUAGACACAAUUAUUAAUAUGAGGAAUGAAAAAAAUAAUAUUAAUAACAAUAUACCUAAUGACAAUUAUUUGAAUGUAAGUAGUGCUAUAAAUUAUGAUAAAAUUAUAAAUAAUAAAAUGAUUAGUUAUGAAAUAAAUAAAAAAGACGAAGAAAAAUCAUCACCAAAAGGAACUCUAAAUUCAAAUAUUCCAAAAAUUUCACUAAAUAAUGAAAUUGAGUCUAAUAAAAAUAUUUCUGAUAUCACAAACAAUUUUAACUUUUUAAAGAAUAACAAAAACUUUCUAGAAAUAGAAAAAAAUAAUGAAAGCUCCUUUUUUUGUGUCAGUAAUGAUAAUAUGAAUUUAAAUUUGCAAGAAAAAGAGAAUAAAAAUAUUAAAGAUACAAGCAGAUGUAUAUAUAAUGAAUAUGAUAUGAAUUAUAACAAUUUUUUUAGUGAUAAGUCGAAAUCAUAUCCAAUUUAUUCCUUUUCGAAUUUUGAAAAAAACCCUAUUUUUGUAGAAGAGAAUCAUGAAAAUAAAGAAAUUACAAACGAUAUGAAUAUUUCAGAUAAUUUUCUUAAAUCUAAUGAUUUGCUAAAUUUAAAUAAUUUUGACUAUAUGCACAAUCUUGAAUAUGUAAAUAAUGUAAGUAAAACAAGAGAUGCUAUUUUACCAAAAAAACAUGAUAUAUAUUCUAGUAAUUUUAGCUUUGAUGAAAUAAAUAUAGAUAAAAAUAAUAAAUUUAAUAUUGAUAUGAAUGAAACCUAUAUUAGUACAAAAGUAAAGCAAAAUUUUAAUAUUGUGAACAUAGAUAAAGAUGAAAAAUUCUAUCAUGAUAAGCAUCAAAUACAGGAAAAUAGUCAAAUAGAAAAUAAUAUAGAUAACUUUUAUAUUAGCAAUUGUAAUAAAAAAUUGAAAAAAAAUUAUGAUAAUUAUAUAAAUAAAAGCAUAAACAACUUUAUUAUUAGCCAUCCAUAUAACAUUAUGAAUAAUAAUAAUAAUAAUAGCAGUAUGAAUAAUAGUUUUAAUGAUGAUAAAGAUAAUAAUAUAAAUAAUGAUAUUAAUUAUGAAAAUAAAAAUGACUCUGUCUUUAAUAGAAAUAAUAACGAUAGCAGUAUUAUAAUUAAUGAUAACGAUGAUAAAAAUAACAGUCAUAAUGAUAUUAAUAUAAAUAAUAACAAUAAUAGUAGUACUAAUGCUUGUAUCAGUAAUAGUAGUGUUAAAGAUGCUAAUACAAAUAAUGAUAAUAAUACUAGUUAUACUCAUGUUAAUAAUUAUAAUGGAGAUAUUAAUAAUAAAUUUUUAAAUUAUAAUAACAAUAAAAAUAAUAUUAAUAGUAGUAUGUCUAAUGAAUUUAAUGGAUGCAAUGAUUAUAAUUUAAAUAAUUUUGGUAUACAUCAAAAUGCAACCAUUUAUUAUAAAAAUAAUGAAACACAAACAUUUUGUGAAAAGAAAAAUAAUAUCUAUAAAUUCGAUCAAGUGUUAAAAAGUGGAAUAAAUAAAAAAAGAAGAAAUAUAGAUAUGUUUAAAUAUUCAGGAAAAUUAAACAUUACGAAAAAUUACGAUAAAAAAAUAGAAAAUUUAAAAAAAACAAAUCACCUAGAUAAAGAAGAUAAUGAAAAAAUCUCAAUAUUUGAAAAGAUUGAUGUAGAGGAUGAAAUAUAUGUUACAAAUAAUUAUGUAAUUCGUAAAAAUAAAAAAUGUAAAAAAAACGAAGAAUUAAAUAAAUUUAAUGAAAUAACCAAUCCAGAUAAAUUAAAUAUUGAAAACUUCCAAAAAAAAUAUAAAGUUUAUUCCAUUGAUAAACUAUAUAAAAAUAAUUGUAAGAAAAAUAAAACAUGUGAAUUAUAUUAUUGGAAUAAUAUAAUUUAUAAUUCUGAAGAAAAAAAAGAUAUGUCUUACAAAAAAUUAUCUUCUUUAAAAAAAGAAGUAUCAUUAACAGAUAAUAAUAAAUUUAUGAAUUUUAACAACCUAAAAUAUAUAUCAGAAAAAAAUACUACAAUUAAAUUGAAUAAAAUAAAUAAUAAAACUAUAACAUACCCUUUAAGCUCUAAUGAGGCUGCCAUCAUAUACAAUAAAAACAUCUUGAGAAAACAAUACGAUAAUUCCUUUAAUGAAACUGAAAAAUAUGAUAAAAAAUUGAUUGAUUAUUGUGAAAUUAAUGAAAAAGAAAUACAAAAAAUUUUAAUAUAUGAUAAAAAUAAUGAAAUUAUGAAUGAUGAAACUAAUAAUGAUAUCAAUAACAAAGUUUUACAUGAAGAUAUUAUUAAAGAGUAUCAUAAUGAAAAGAAUAUAGAUAAAUUUAUUAACGAAAAUAGUGUACCUAAUGAUAUAAUUGAUGAGAAUUUUAUCAGUGAAACUUUGUCAAAUAAUUAUAAAUUAAAUAGUGAGUUAAAGAUAGAAGAGAAUAAUAAUAUAAAUGAAUUUAUUACAAAUAAAAAUAAAAUAAAUAAUAAAUAUUUAAAUAAUAAUAAUUAUGAAAUAUAUAUGAACAAAAUAAACAAAUUCAGAUGUGGCACAUUUCUUUAUUAUAAAAACAACUUUGGUGUUAUAGAUAGUGAACAUAAAAAAGAUAAAGUUAUUUUUGAUGAUAUUAUUAUUAGAAAUAAUAAAAAUAUAAUUUGCAGUAAUGAUAAUAUAGAUAAUAAAAUUAUGAUUUGCAAUGAUAAUGAGAUAUUUAAUAAAAAUAUAAUAUACGAUGGUAUUAGAAGUAACAGUAAUACCAUAUACGAAGAUAAUAAAUAUGAUAAAAUAAAAGAUUGUGGUACUAAUUACAGUAUUACUACUACUACUACUAAUAAUAAUAAUAAUAUUUAUGACAAUAAUGAGGAUAAUAUUAAUAACACUGAAAACAUUAUUAGUAGUGAUAAUAAUAAUAAUAGCAAUCAAAAUAAUAAUGAUAAUAAUAAUAAUUCUACCACUUCUGGUAAUAAUAAUAAGAUAAGUAAUAACAAUAAUAAUAAUUCUAUCACUUCUGGUAAUAAUAAGAUAAGUAAUAAUAGUAAUAAUAAUUCUACCACUUCUGGUAAUAAUAAGAUAAGUAAUAAUAGUAAUAAUAAUUCUACCACUGCUGGUAAUAAUAAUGAAGAUGGCGAAAAUAAUAAUAAUAAAAAUUUUCAGGACAUAAAUGAAAUUAAUUUUUUUAGUAAAACAAAUUUAUACAAGGAUAGCUUUGGUUCACUUACAACUAGUUGCUCAACGCCUGAUUCUUCAUUAAAUAAUAACAUGGAUUUAUUUAAAAAUUAUGAUAAGAAUUACAAUAAAAAAAAUAAUCUUCAAAAUGGUAAGGACGACUUAAAUAAUUAUGAAAUUAAUAAAUGUAUUACUAAUGAUGAGACAGAAUUAAAUAACAGUGUAAAUAUAAAUAUGAAUGAAAAUUAUACAAAGAGUAACAUCCCAUAUAAUAUAUACUCAUGUAAAUAUGACCCAAAUGACAAUAAACAAGUGAAAAAAGAUAAGAAUUAUGAAUUAACCAUUUUAAGUAAUAAGGAAAUAUUUUAUAAAAAUUCUUUUAUUUGCGAUGAAAAUUUACAGCAAAAUAAAGAAUAUAAAAAUUGUAAUACUAAAUUUAAUUCUAAAAUAAAUCAAUCAAGAAAAAAAAAUAUGAAUUCUUGUGAAUCUAACAGCAUUAAUUAUGCAAAUGAAAAUUUUUUAAACAAUAAUUUUUUAAAGUUAUGUAAUAAUGAAAGUAAAAUGAAUUGUAGUAUAAAUAUAACAAACAUAGAAAAUUCAGGUAAUGAUUUAAACAUGUUAAAUGUAAAAAACAUUAAUGGAAAUUUAGCAAAUUAUUCUAAUAUAUCUAACUAUGAUAUUAGCAAAAAUGAUGUGGUUAAACCUUUAGGAGAUUUAAAUACAUUAAAUGGUAUGUCUUUUCAUUCAAAUGUUAGCUCUACUAUUACUAAUAAUAAUAUUGAAAAUAAUGAAAAACAUAAAGAAAAUUUAAUAGAUAAAAAAAAUAAGAAAAGUCAAAAGAAAUAUUAUGAUGAAAGUAAAAUAAAAAAAGAGGAAUUGUACGAAAGAGUAAAAAAUUUGCCAAAAAUUACAGGAGUAAGUUAUGACAAAAAACAGAAUUUAUGGGUUUCUCAUUGGAGAUCUAAUUGCAAAACAGUUCACAAAUAUUUUUCUGUAAAAAAAUAUGGUUUUGAAAAGGCAAGAAUUCUAGCUAUUAGUUGCAGAAAGCAGAAUGUGAAAUAUAUUACAACAGAUAAUGUUUUAAAUUAUACCUCUAAUAAACGAAAUUCUUUACUGAAGGAUAGUUUAAUUAAUAAUAAUGAAAAUAUUUUUAAUUAUGAAUAUGAAAAUAGUAACCCUAUAUGUGCAUUAAAUAUGAAAAAAAAAGACGUACUAAUAGAAUCAAAUAGAAAAAAAGGAAAGAAAAGAGAAAAUUAUAAAAAGAAGAAUAGUAAUUUAGGAAAUAUAGAAAGGGAAAAUACUAAAAAUAAUGAUGUUAUUUCAAAUGUGGAAAAAGAUACAUAUGAAAUAGAAAGUUAUGAAAAAGGAAUUUUAAAAAAAGAGAGAAAUGUUGAAGACAGCAGUAAAAACAGUAAUACAAAGAAAUGCCUUAAAAAAAUCAUUAACAAGGAAAAGGAAGAACAUAAUCACAUAAAAAUUGAUAAAGAUUGUUGUCAAAGGAAUAAUGAAGAAUAUAAUCAAAAUAAAAUUAUUGAAAAAAAAAUAGAAAGUAAAAUUUCGGAAGAGAAAAAAGUAAAUGAAACAGAAGGCUUUUUGGAAAAAAAUCAUCUAAUAAAUAAUAAUUUAUUCAAUGAAUUAAUGAACAAUCAAUUAUAUAAUAAACUAAUAAAUAAUAAUUUAAGUGAUAGUAAAGCAAAAAAUAAUAAAAUGUGUUGUAAUUUAAUUAAUAAUAAUUUAUAUAAUAAAGUUAUAAAUAAUCAAUUAAGUAUUCAUGGAGAAAAAGAUAAUCAGCUAAUAAAUAAACAUUCUACAUAUUACUGCAAUGAAAAAUUAAAAAACAUUAACUUUGUAAAAAAUGAAUAUUCUAAUAAUGAAUAUAUGAACAAUGAAUUUACUAAUAACCAAGGAGUAUAUAAUUUAUAUUUAAAUAAUAUUCCUUUUAGAAAUCAAAUAAUAGACAACAAUAAUAGCAAACUAACGAAUAACAACCAAUAUACAGUUAAUAAUAAAUUUGCAAAUAACAAUAAAUUUUCAGAUAAUAAUAAACUUUCUGAUAAAAAUGAAUUUUCAGAUAAUAUUCAAUUUUCGAAUAAUAGUGAAUUUUCAGAUAAUAACCAGUUUGAGAAUGAUAGUCAUCAAUUUAGGGAUAAUAAUUUUUUUAAGAGUGACAAUUAUUUUACAAACAAUAAUGAGUUUACAAGUGAUAUAAUACCAUAUGAAAAUAGUAAUAAUUUUAUAAAUAAUAAUGAAUUUGCAAAUACUACUAAUCAUUUUUCUAAUAAUCAAUUUACAGACAAUAAUAAUAAUAAUAACAACAAUAAUAUUUUUAAAGAUAAUAAUCAAUAUUUAAAUAUCAAGCAAUAUUCUAGCAGUAAUAACCAAUUUACAAGCGGAAACCAUUUUGUAAUUAAUAAUAAUCAAUUUCAGAAUAACCAAUAUAUUAAUAAUCCAUUUACGAAUAAUAAUAAUAAAUUUACAGAUAAUCAAGAAUUUACAAGUAAUAAUGAAUUCACAGGUGAUAAAAUAUUUUCGAAUAGCAAUCAAUUUGCAAAUGAUAACGAAUUUAUCAUUAAUAACCAGUUUGCAAAUAAUAACCAAUACAUAAAUCAGUUAUGCGAUGAUAAUGAUUAUAACACACAUAAUAUGGCAGCAGAAAAUAGUUUCAUGAAUGAAGAACUUUUUACAAACAAUCAAUUAAGUGAAAAAGUGAUAUAUAAUGAUGAAAAUGAAAAAAUGAAUGUAAAAAUAAAUAAUACAUUAAAUAAAAGUAAUGGUAAAAAUGAAAAAAAUGAAUUAAUAAUAUCUAAGAUUACAACAAAAUAUAUACUUACAGACAUAAAAAAUAAAUGCUUAAAUAAUUGUUCUGAUAAUUUUUUAAAAAAUUUUCCUGAUAUCAAAAACAUUAUUAAUAAACAUAUACUUAAAGUUUCUGAAGCAAAUUCAAUUUAUGCUAUUAAACCUUAUAUUCAUUUAUUUAGUAAUUUAUUAGAAAAAAAAAAAUUACUUCAUACGUUAUCACCAAAUGUGCAGGAACUAUAUAUUUAUAAAUUGCAAAAAUUNAAAAAAAAAAAAAAAAAAAAAAAAAAAAUAAAAAAAAAAAAAAAAAAAAAAAAAAAAAAUAAAAAAAAAAAAAAAAAAAAAAAAAAAAAAUAA